AGCUCAGCCUGUCUCCUCCUAACACCAGUUAUUUCACGACAGGACGUCCGCUCUGCACGCUGAAGGGCAGGAUGGUUCUGAGCGGGGCCCUGUGCUUCCGAAUGAAGGAUGCGGCAUUGAAGGUGCUUUAUCUGCAGGGUAACCAGCUGCUGGCCGGUGGGGUGCAUGGAGGGAAGGCCGUGAAAGGCGAGGAGAUCAGUGUUGUCCCCAAUCGGUUUCUGGACGACAGCCUUUCUCCAGUCAUCCUGGGCGUCCAGGGAGGGAGCCAGUGCCUGUCGUGUGGGACGGGGCAGGAACCGACUCUGAAACUAGAGCCAGUGGACAUUAUGGAGCUCUACCGCAGCCCCAAGGAUUCCAGGGGUUUCACCUUCUUCAGGAGGGACACGGGACUCACCUCCAGGUUCGAGUCGGCUGCCUUCCCGGGCUGGUUCCUCUGCACGGUGCCCGAAGCGGACCAGCCUCUCAGGCUCAGCCAGCUCCCGGGGGAUGCCAGCUGGGACCACCCCAUCAUGGACUUCUACUUCCAGCAAAGUGACUAGGGCAACCCACCUCCCAGGACCCUGGGGCAGAGCCCGCAGGGGUGAGUGGAGGAGGAGGAGGCCCAGGCGACCAUGCUCCUCUGUUCUCAGGCCCCCACUUGACUGAC